UGUUUUUACGAACCCCGAUAACCCUAGUUCCUCUUUUGAGAAGCAGUUAGCAGAGUCCUCGUCCCCCAUUGAGAAACAGUUCACAGAGAGCCCUCUCUACGCCCUCUCUCACACUGCUCACACGGAUAUUUACUAAGAGCUCGAAAAAUCUAUUGUUGGGGGAAUCAUCAGUAGGUCGAGCUCCAUUGUUCCUGGGCUUUUUCGAGUCACCGACCUCCCACCCUCCACCCUCCAUUAAUAGAGUUAUGAUGGAGGUGAAUGGAUUGCAUUCUAGUGAAAUUGAGCAAAACAAUUGCUUUUCAGUAGGUGAAGGUCUUCGUAUCCACAACAGUCUAACAGGCAAUAAAGAUCUCUUUGUUACUAGGGAUGGAUCGAAGUUAGUGACAUGGUAUAUUUGUGGCCCAACUGUCUAUGAUUCAUCACACUUAGGGCAUGCUAGAACUUAUGUUACUUUUGACAUCAUUCGCCGAAUUCUCGAGAGGUACUUUGACUAUGGUGUGAUCUAUGUAAUGAAUGUGACCGAUGUUGAUGACAAAAUUAUAAACAAGGCUCGUCGGAAUUAUUUGUUGGAGAAGUAUGUUUCUCAAACAUAUGAAGUACAGAAGGUCAUUAGUGACUUGAGGGAUGCAUUCCAGGAGGAGAAAUCAUCACAAGACCAAAAGGUCCAAGGGUCACUCAAGGCGUAUGAGGAGGCACCUUCUUCUCGAAGAAAAGAUGAGUUAUUGAAAAAAAUUAAGGAGGAGCAAAGCAAGCAUCAGAAGAUUUGUGAUUUAGAGGUUUUGUAUAAGGGGAGGGAAGCACAGGCUUGUUCUCUCACCAAUAAAGCAGGAGGUGAGUUACUGUUAUCUGAUGGCAUAAGUGAUGUUCUUGCGUCUUAUUUGGACAGAAAGGAAGGUGCAUCCGUGACUGACCUGGCUAUUUAUCGAGCACAUGCCGCUAAAUAUGAGGAGGAAUUUUGGGAAGAUAUGCAGAGUCUUGAUGUCGAGCCACCAAUGUUCCUAACUCGUGUGACAGAGUACAUGGAUGUCAUCAAAGACUAUGUACAACGGAUAGUGGAUCGUGGGUUUGCCUAUGAAGCCAAUGGAAGCAUUUAUUUUGACACCAAGGCCUUUCAGGAAGCAGGGCAUAAAUAUGGCAAACUUAACCCUUCGGCAGUUGGCAGCCAAGAACUAGCAUCUGAAAGUGAAUCAAAUUUUGAUAGUGGAGAGAAAAAAAAUAGCUGUGACUUCGCCCUUUGGAAGGCAAGCAAGGAUGGUGAACCGUUUUGGGAGUCGCCCUGGGGAAAGGGUCGUCCUGGAUGGCAUAUUGAGUGUUCAGCCAUGGCCAGUAAUGUGAUUGGGAACUACAUGGACAUACAUUCUGGUGGAGUUGAUUUGCAGUUUCCUCAUCAUGAUAAUGAAUUGGCACAAGCUGAGGCAUACUAUGGCUGCUUCCAGUGGGUAAAUUAUUUCAUGCAUUCUGGGCAUCUGGCAAUAGAUGGCCUCAAGAUGUCAAAGUCUCUGAAGAACUUCAUCACAAUUCGUGAGGUAUUACGAAAAUAUUCUGCUCGGAGCAUCAGGUUUCUCUUUGUCAAUCACCCAUGGGAUAAGCCGAUGAACUUUCAUGAAUCUGUCAUGAGUGCAGCAAUCUCUAUGGAGAAAAAGUUUGACAAUUUUUUCAUGAGUGUGAAAGAUGUUAUACGUAAGAUGGAUGCAGACGGGAGAAAUUAUAUAAUGCGUAUGAAACAUUGUCAAAAAUGGGCUAAAGAAGAGAAAGAACUUCUUUGUGCCUUGGUGAAUGCAAAAAAUCAGGUUGGAAAAUGCCUCAGGGAUAAUUUUGAUACUCCAGGUGCGCUGCAGGCUCUACUGAGUCUAACUGGAGCUGUGAAAUCACAUAUAGACAAAGUGAGUAAAGAUGAAUUAGUACCUGAGCGAAUCAUGGAAGCGGCGAACUAUGUAACAUUUAUCCUUUCGGUAUUUGGAUUAUCUUCAACUUAUGGGAGUGAAACUACCCUUGGCUCUGAGAGUGUUGAAGCCUUGGUGAAGUUGUUCCUUUACAAAGAUUUCAAGAUGGACUGCGGUGGGAACUUUGUAUAAAGUGAGGUGUAAAUCUCUAAUGACUGGGUGGUUUGCAGUAAAAGUUCAUAAGUGGAAGGGUAUGAGUACUUAGAUUGUGCAGUUAUCCAAUGUAAUUCUUGUAUUUUGUAAAAAAUAUUUUGACAAUUGCUUGUAAAAAAUGUUCUGACAAUUUCUUGUCAAAAAUAUCAAUCAACAUAAAUUUUCUGUCUUACCCUGAAUGAGGGUAUGCUGAGGAAAACCUUCCUCAGGACGAAAAUUGUCAGACUCCUUGGUCCUUAAGGGAGACAAGAAGCCUAAAAAGAGGUCUGUACAGACCAGGCGAAAGGGAAAAUGCAAUAACCAUCCCAAGGCCUUAUUCACCUAAUAAUAUUGAAAUAUCCUUCAACAGAGUACAAACUAUGUUCUGGAAUUUCACCUUGAAUUGGUAUAUGAUUGAAUAAGAUACGAUUGUCAAAUAUCCACAUUUCAAGGACAGUGAACCAUGCAUUGAUGUUUGAGAUGAAUAUGUUUUUGACAUGGCUCCUAGUGGGCUUUAACAUUGGGCAGGACUCUUUCCAUGUAGGAUGGACAUGCUGAUGGGUUGCUAAUGGUAUUCAUGUUCUUAUAUCAUGUUAUUAUAUGAACUCCGAAAUGAUGAGAACAUAAGUGUAUGCGUGUCCAAUUUUUGGACACCCAUGCCCAUAGUCUAGACAUGUAUAUUCAUAGUUUUGAAAGCAAAUACCUAAAUACUGGGUAUAGAUCUGAAGUUUGGAUGUGUUCUAAAUUCGGAACACGAUAUCCAACAUUUGAGCAGACAUGUUCUUGCGGCACACUAAGUGUUACUCUUAGAGGGCAUGUUGACACAUGGGUCUGUCCUAAGGUGUUGACACCUAGAAGUUGGGAUCUCUCAUCGUAGGUGGCCCCCUCUUUGGAAUCUUGCAUGGAGCUUCCAUGUUUCGGGAAAGGGAUCUUGGUUUUUUAGUUUUGGGAGAUCUAUCCCCACUGUGAGGGAAAAUAACGACCAAACUGAUGACUUUUUUUUAUUUUAUUUUAUUGCCAACUAGCAAUGCAACUUCACUUGCAAUAUGGUUGUGUUGCUUGUUAGCUAUAAAUAACGAGAUUCCUACGUGAAAAGAUUACCUAUAGUUCUAGACACUUUAAGAUAGGGAGCAUGAUCCCCAAAAGGUUGGGAGUUAGAUCUCUAAUAUUUGGGGUUCUUGAUUUAUAAUAUGGGAUUAUAUGCAUAUAAUACUAUCUAUAUUUUGAUUAAGGAAGUCACAACUAAUGCUAAGCAUCAAUGUCAAAUCGGACAGCUUAAAGUAAGUCACGGAGUUCAAAAAAAAUUUCUUUGAACUUUGAGCUUGAUCAAUUGCACACUGUCAGCCUUUGAUUUCAAAAUCUAACUGCCAGAAAUGGCUGUGACCUCCUUAUACAUAAGAUAAAUGGUCUUAUUGUGUAUAUUUCCUUCUAAUAAAUGCAUAGUACGGAUGCUGCUCCCAAACAUAAGGAUCUUAUAGCCUUUUGUGAUCCCUUGCUCCCGAUCCUAACAACCAUGUUUGGCAUGCUAAAAAAGUACUAGACAAGUGUCCAAGUGACCUUGAUCCUUAUGCAAGAAAUCAACUAUAUUUUAAUAAACUUAAAAAGCUUGUGCGUGCCUUAAACAAGUAUGGGUGGUCCUGUUAUGUCGUUAAGCAUGUCCAACAAGUCAUGAUGUUUUAAGACAAGGGAUGAUGCAUUCAUAAAUGAUUUAUGGACAAGGGAUUGUAAUAAAACUAGUUAAGCUUGAGGAAAAAUCUGAAUGAGGUCAUGAAGCAAUCUUUUGAGAUGCAUGUCCUGGACAAUAUGACCCAAAUAUGCUUUUGGGAAUUAGAGAAUUGCAGCAUAUCCAUGCACAAAAUUUUUGAGAUACUAGAUAAACAUGCAAAUUGAAGCAACAUUAGCAAGCAUAACAAAAAUAUCUCUCUUUUACUCCAAAACAUCCCACAUUUGACUGAUGCCUUGCCCUUUAGCUCUCACCUUAGAGUGCCUUGGAGAGCCUCCUCGAGACACGACAAUCGGAUGUGUAUCCUUCUUUACAGUGGACUCUGAGGAGAUUCAGAGGAUAGAUAGAGGGAAACAUCGAUGAAAUUUUCUUUGUCAUGCCUUUUCAUAUGAUCGUCUUGCCAGCGAUGUCAGUGAGAUCUUCUGAAGCAUGGCUAAAGGUAAAGGCUUCAGAAGCUCAAAAAUCUCUCCUGUGAUAUUAAGUUAUAACUCUUUGAGAGACCUGAAACCUUGGCUUCUACCUCUCAUGCCUCAAGUUCUUCCUGCUCAGAGGAAUAUAUUCGCAGGUGCUCCAAAGCACCAUCAAAACCCCUAAUCUACCCCCCAAACUAAAAUCCUUAUUUGGCAUGUGAUAGGCCCGGAAGACACCACCAAGAAAAACACUGUCCAUGGUUUUACGCACAUGGACCUCCUUGAUCUCCUUGCUCUGAUGGAAACCAAGCUUGAAUCCUCAAAUCCUUCUUUAGUACAUCAAAUCUGGGGCAGACGACCUUGACAAUGGGAAGCCCACCCACCCAUGGGGGACUUGGGCUUGGGCAGGAUCUCAGUCAUUUGGGACCCAGCAAGGCUUGCUGAUUUUUUUGCCUCUUGCACCUUACACUGUUUUUCUAUUUCUAUUAAACCUUUCAGACAAUUUCAUUGGGAAAUUCACUGGGGUAUACGGACCCAACAGACCGAACCUCAGAGAAGUGUUCUAGGCUGAACGUAACUCUGUUGCUCCCACUACUCCCCUUCCCUGGUGCUUAGGCAGUGAUUUUGUCACUGGGUGGACUUUCUAGAAGAACAGGUAUGAUACAGCCAGUGUGACUAGAUUUUUUGACUUAGUUUUCAGAAAAAACCUUAUUGACAUCGUCCUCAAUGGAGUCUCCUAUACUGAGUCCAAGCUCUCUAUCAGUCCCACCCUUUCCAAGCUUGAUAGAUUCCCUAUUCCCUUGAUUGGGAAGGCAAUGUCCAGGAGUUUCAUUCUAGAAAUUUUACAGAAACGAACAUGAAACCAUACCCCAUCUUCUUAGUCACUGAACCUGUCCUCAGUGGCUAAAGACCAUUCAAACAAGAUGAUGCAACUCGAGGACAAUGAGCUCCAUCAACUUAUUCCCCUGUGGAGGGCCAUUUCUAGAGUGUAAGGGUUGGCUGGUUUAGGCUGUCGAGAAAGCUUUAACGUCUUUAGGUCAAGCAGAAACUAUGGAGUAAACCAUGAUGAUUUCCUAGAAAGAAAAACAAAUAAAUAAAAGAUGGCCUUCUCCAGGAGAUCAGUGUGCCCGACCUGGUAGAAGAACCUAUAGAUCUGCUUCCUGAAGAAUGUGGAGGAGGCUAGAGGCCAAAUUAGAAUUGCAUAAGUCCUUAAGCAAGAGAUCUCUUAUCAAAGAUCUAGUAUAAAAUGGCUUAUGGUAGGUGAUGUGAACAGGACAUUCUUCCAUAUGACAGGAAACUGUGGUAUAUCCAAUGCAAUAUUUAUUUCAAAGAUGGUGAUAGAAUCUUUGGUGAGCCUCCUGAAGUAAUCAGGGUUAUAAGUCAAUAGUUUCAAAGCCUUUUUGCUGUCACAUCCCGUAAGGCCGAGUAUCCAUACUGUGAAAUUCGAGACCUUACCUAGGCACAGCCAGAGUUUUAAUGUCCGUCCAAUGAAUCAGAGAUCUGAAGAGUGGCUGUCCUGUGCCUUGACAAGGCUCCAAACCUGGAUGGGUUUUGGGAGACGGUAGCCCAAAAUGUCCUUGUAUUCUUCUUGGGAUACCAUCAUAUGGUAAAUUCACAGGGGGUUGAAUUCCACAUUCAUAUCCUUGGUUCCUGAACUAGAAGUUGCAGCAGAACUGAGACUUUGACUGAUCAAUCUUGUAAAUAUCUCGUACAAGAUCCUUUCCAAAGUAUAGGAUUCUUGCUUCCACUAGAUGGUGAGCCAUGUCAUUUCUCUAACCAAAGAAGCUUCUUUCUGGAUCUCCAUAUCCUGGAUGCAGCCAUGAUAGCACAUGAAUGCUUCCAUGCUAGAAAACGGUUGAGAGGCCUCUGUGCCCCUGUCCCCUUUCUUGUUUGGUAUUAUAGGAUCUCUUAUGUCGAAUCUAUCUCAAACCCAUACAUUAGGAAUUUUGUUAAGGCUUUCAACACCAGAAGGUGGGCCAGCCUAUUUCACCUACAGUAUGUUGUUGACACCUUCGUAUUUUGUGAUGCCAGCCUCCAUCGUGUUGAUAAAUUUAUGGCUGUUUCUCAGGUUCUUCAAAGUGUCCACAGAUCUUAAGAUAAACCUGGCAAAACCCAUACUCCUAGGUUUUUGUAUCUGGCCCAAUCCCAAAUAAUUUCUGACCAAAUGUUGGGUUGGACUGAGUCAUUAUCUAAUGAGUGCCUAGGCAUCCCCCUAUACUUAGGCAAACAAAGAAAUGCACUAUGGGAUGGUGUGGCCAAAGCGAUUUAGUGAAGAUUAGCGCCAUAGAAAUCCAAUCCUAUUAUCCAAUAUCCUGGUGUUUUAGACGUCUCUUUAGGAUGCUAUUUAUACAUCCCUAGCAGGCAAGAGAACUUGAUGGGAGAUCUCUGGUUAGGACCGGGAGGGGCACAUAAAUUUCACCCAUUAAGUAGGGAUGCUGUUUGCAAACCUGAUUGGUUGGCAUCGGGAAACUUAAAGACUGCAACAAUUCCCUUCUUGGUAAGUAGUGGUGGGGAAUUUUAGACAACUUUUGGGCAGACAACUUAUUGUUGCCCAUGAGUUUUUGAAUUUUAGAUUUAGAACAGAGAAGCUGGGGAAUAUAUCUAACUUGGAUUUGGCAGAAUCCUAUUAUCAUGUGCGGGAAUUUCCCUUCCCUUAUACAAGUUAGUUAGGAUGAGCUUUUCUACAUUUAUUACAUUUUUCUUCAUCAUGAUUAUGGACUGUUUAGGGUUACUUACGAUGAUGAUAAUAGGUGUUCUCAAAGUUAGAUCCUAUGUUCUUGAGGUUUUGAUUUACAGAUCCGGCAUUGCCUUUGCUUUUUGUAAUUAAGGCAGUGUUUUCAAUAAGCUUCUUGGAAGUGCACUUCAUUUGGGUUUGUCUUAAGUGUGGUACAGAGAUCAUAUCUGUCAUUUUUCUAGGCCAUAACUGUUGUUGAGUCUUCGUCCAGGUUUUAAGAUUAUUUUCAUCAUGGUUUGAGAAAAUUAUGUUCAGAAAUUGAGUCUAUAGAAAUAAAAAACUUGGGUUCAAUGGUCUGAGAUGGAAGUGUGGGUUUUGUUAAAGUGAUACAUGGCUUCUUGGUACAGUCUUAACUACUUUUUUACUUUUAGCUUUCGUGGUGGAUAUGCUCAAACACCAUUAUUGAAAACUGAUCCUCAACAAGGUCUGAGGCAGAUUUUCUUGCUGGAAGUCUAGUGUGGUAUCUUGGGAUUGGAGUUGACCAUGAUCAAUUAUAACAAGUAGUCUGGUCGUCGAACUGAAAAAAUGGCUGUUCUGAUCUAAUUUUGUAGAAGUUAAUUUCUUCUUUGGCCAUGGUACUUGUUGGGGUUAUGUUGGCUAUUUAAAGGCCUUAUGAGAGCGUGUAUUGAAAUUAUUAUAGUGGCAUGGCAACUCUAGUGGGAGUGUGGUCCACAUUGGACUGUGAGGCAUUGCUAAUGCCAGGACUCACUUGAGCUUUGACUGGCUAUGUCUCAAUGUGAGGUCUAAAAACUAGUAGCCCUGGGCAUUGUGAGCACAACCAAUAAGGGUUUCGAUAUGGGGCUACCCCUUGAUGAGGUCAGAGUCAUGCCUAGGGCAGUUGGCCAGGGGAACUGGAUGUGACUCUUAUGUGUGAUGGUUGGCUUGAGAGGACAAGGGCCUAAAUCCUCAUCAUUACCACAUGACAUGUAUACUAGAUAGCUGUCUAGGAAGCGAUCCUUUUGGAUAAGGGUGUGUUUUGUGUACAUGUGCUGAAGAGAUGACUCCUGCAAUACUGGACUGGGUGUGUUGGAAGGACCCAUGGAGUGUCGUGCUACAAUGGGGCUUGGAUUUGUCCUCAGGGAGGGACGUGUAAUCCAUGGAGUAGGAUAGUGUCUCAUUCAUUUAAUUGGCUGACAUCGAUAGUCCAAUCAUGAACCCCUGCAAAGGGCUAUGGGCGAUGUGAAUUAUUGGUCUAGUUUGAAAAGAUGAAGUGAGGUACGGUCUAUAGAAAGGAUGGAGUCCUCAUUAUAUUUGUUGUAAUCCUAACUCUAUGGAUCCAAUUCCCAUCGUUUUGGAUAUGUUUGAAUGUUUUAAUUAUUUUUUAGAUAAUUAAAUUGCAUUUUUAGACUUCUCAGGGUAUUUUAUUUUAUU